AUGGCUCGUCAAUAUUCUAAUCGUUCAUUUAUUCCAACUCAUGAAUAUCCUUCAUCAGAUAAUUCAUCUAGACGAUAUCGUCAAUCAUCACAGUCACAGAAUAAUUUUUCUUAUUUUCAAUAUCCACCUCACCGAGAAAUAAAUAAUCAUCAUCAUUCAUCAUUACCUUUUAGUCGUAUUACAGCUUCAGCAACGACACCAAAUUAUCGUUUUGAAAAUCCAUCUGCAGCAUCAUUUACUCGUCAUCCACCAUGGUUUGAUGGUGAUUGGGAAGAUCAUCAUCAUGGAUCAACAUCUCAUCAUAAUAAUAAUCAUAUAAAACGUCAACGUUCAUCAACUACAAAUAAUUCAACAAAUUCUCAAUCAUAUCAUCACCAUCAUCAUCAGCAGCAUCGUCAUCAACAUGAACGAAAACGUUCAAGAAACAAUGAAAAUGAAUAUCAUCCUCAUUAUCAACCAUAUUCAAAUCAUCGAUCUGCUAAUCCUACAUCACAUCAUACUCCUUCAUUUUCACGAUCAAUUAAUAAUGAAUCAUAUAAUCGUUCUGUUCAACCUCAUCAUCAAUCACCACCUGUCGCUACAUCCUAUCGUCAAUCAAUGCCUUCUUCUUCUUCUUCUUCAGCAUCGAAUACUUAUCAUCAUCGAAAUGCAAUGACAUUUGAACCUACAUUAUAUCAUCCUCCAAUAUUUCAUCAAACAUCAAUGUCUACUCAUAUACAUCAACGACCUUCAUCAUCGUUUCUUCUUAAUAAUUUACUUCAUCGUAUUAUUGAUGCACAUGCAGCAUCAUACAAUAAUAAUCAUAUACAAUAUCAUCAUCAUCAUCCUCCAACAUCAGCAUCAAUUGAUUUGAUUGCUUAUGCAUGGAUGUCACCUAGUCAUGAAAUAUUUUCUGUACCAUCUACAUUUAAUAUUCAAUUUAGUGAUAUUUUCGAUUUAAUUAUGCCUGAUGAAACACCAGUUGUUGGUUUAACUGACAGUGAACUUGAACGAUUACCAACAAUAAUUUAUUCAAAAACAUGUAAAAAUAUUAAAAUUGAUGAUAAAUGUGCUGUAUGUUUAAGUGAAUAUAUUAAUGGAGAAGAACUUAAACGUUUACGUUGUAAACAUUACUUUCAUAGUGAAUGUAUCAAUCCAUGGCUCAAGACAUCAACACGAUGCCCGAUCUGUCGAGGUGAACAGACAAAUUAA